AUGGUGGGCGGUUCUUUUCACGAAAUCAUCGGUGCUGUUAUCAUGUCUUUUAAACAACUAUGGAGGAGCGGACUGGUCUGGAGCAUCGGCAAUAAUGCAACGAGCAUUGGUACACUGACCCGGUGCUACAUGAGAGUUUCGAACAACAUCAACGUCAUCGGACGUGAGCACUGUGACCAUGUUCUUCUCUACAAGGUCAUGGGCAGCCUGACCUGA